GUCAGUCGUUUUUCCGAGAAAAAGAAAGCAUCUGCGAGUGAAAAUUGCUGAUUUGUCCCGGUGUGUGCAAUAGAUUGUGUCUGUCUGGAAAAACAUCCAGAAACUUGUCCUCCGCUCUGUCGUAUACAAUUUUUAUCAGCCGUUUAACCAUCGUUGCCUCACUUUGAAUUGUUUAUUACCGUCGUUGAUCCACCGGUGUACCGUACAAAAGUGCAUCCCUUACAGGGUAAAAAAUCCUUUCCAGUGAAACACCCUUUCAGCAUCCGUGGGUAGUGAAAGAGAAGGACUUCGAAAACGCACUGCGACGGAGCAGUCUGAACGAGACAGCGUACGGUGACGACACAGAAACACACGCACAUAUACACCGGCAACAGCGAGAGAAAAAUGUCUGGCAACGGUGGCGAAACAUUCGUUGUGCUUCCGCCGUGCACGGAAUCCGAUCGGAAGCAGAUCAUUUUCGGACGCAACGGUUCGGGAUCAACCGAGCACGUUACGGAGGUCGUCUUUCUGCCAGCUACGGAUGGAAGUGAAACAAUCACUCUUCCAAAUGGUUGCACGAUCGAGGGAGUACCUAGCUUCGGAGUGAUCCUCAAUAAACCGGGUGGCAGUUGGGGUGCGGAAAGUGGUUCUAACGAAAAAGCUGUCACGAUUGGACUGUCCUAUAGUGAGGGAUCCGGUGAGGAAGGUAAGGUAUCACCGGUGGAUCUGGUCCGGCUAGGACUCGAGCGUAGUGAUAGUGCGCCCAGUGCCAUCGACAAGCUGGUGGCGUUCGUCGAACAACACUGUCCGGAAGAUCGAAAUGCACUGAAGGCUGCAUUGGUAGUAUGUGAUCCGUCAGCCGUUUGGUUGCUAAACGUAGCCGGCCAGUUUUGGGCGGCAAAGCAGGUACAAGACAGUAGCAUAGCGUUAGCCGCAACAGGUCUUACAAUCGGAACUGACUUCGAUCGUAGUUCGGACGAUCUUGCAUCGAAAGCGCAGGCGGCGGGUGCGUGGGAUGGUGCCGGUGAGUUUAGCUUUAGUGAAGCAUUCGGAGGUACUCCGGCCACUGCAGCCGUUCGUUCGUGGCCGGCUAAUGAACCGGGAGUGGAGGGAGCAUUUGGGUUAAAGCAAAUGUUUGAAUGCCUUCGUGCGGUAGGUACCGACCCUCCGACCGGUUCGAGCCAGGUGUCAGUGUUGAGUGGGGAAGGUAAGCUGGCUUGUCAUUGGUUCACGGCAACACCACAAGUCGGUGAGUCGGUAUUUAAACCAUUCAUAUUUACGGCUGGGGCCAAAAUUUCACCCUUAACUCGGGUGCCGGACGGUGAAACACACACGCUGCUGCAUCGGCUGCAUAGCAACCGGAAGUGGGAGCUGGUCGGUAGUUUGCUUAGCUCGCUUGAAGCAACCUGCAUGGACGAGGUAAACCGUUUUCUCAGUGAACACUCGGGCGAAGCAAGCCAUGAGCUGGACGAACUAAUGAAAGACUGCGUCGAGGCGGAGGUGAAGUUCUAUCGCUAGAGCGGCUAGAACGUUCCCACUCGUACUCGCACAAAUCGGUAAAAUGAACACGAAGGGCGAACCGUUACCGUGCUUGUCUCAGUUGUACGAGGUGGAUCACUAUUGGCUAAUGAGCUAAUAAGGAUAACUAUUGACCUAGUGAUAUGCGAAGAUGUACCAAGUAAUCUUUAUUUCUCAAUUUUUCUUACGAAACCUAGUGGAACUGAGACAUAUGCGGAACGAAACACGCUACCGUAUAGAACAGUACUGUACUGCUGCGAUAUAAUAACAUUUAACUAUAGAAAACCCGGUAAGCCUUACCGUCGUUUCCAGCUCAGUGAAACAUAAGGAGACCGUUUUUACAUCAUGUGAUUAUUUUUCUUUAUUCCUCGUGUGCGCGUUUGAUGUGUGUUCUUUAUAUGUUGGUAGUUUUGUUGAUCAUUAUUUUAUACGCUUGUGCUUUUGUCAGAUUUUUCCUUUUGUUACAGAUCUCAAAGGCUAAUUACAUUUUCUUAUCAUAGCAUUAAGGAUUUCGAUUUGCAGAUGCAUAGCACUCGAACUGGAAAUUUCUAUUGUUUUUGCCAAUUCCUAUGCGAACCCCAGAAUUGCAACGCAAUGAUCAGUAUUCACAUUCCCUCAACUCAUUCUCCUUCAUAGCAUGGGAAAAUAGAAUUCUUGUACUAAAUUCAGGAUAUCGUUUAAAAUCGACAAGCCAAAAGUGUAACGGAUGUUGUUAAUUUAAGUAAGAAAUCAAGAUUUCAUAAAAAUCAAGUAUUUAUCUUGUCCCGCAUGGAUUGAGAAGACUUGCAACGUGUGCUACAAAAAAGCUUAAUCUUGUGUUGCAUUGCAGGUGUGUUGUACGCUAAUUUAUCCUAAAAGGAUGUUAUGUGUGAGUGUGUUUGAAUGUAUGUUUGGCGCAGAUAAAGGACAACGAUAUCAAAUCGCAUGGCGAAAGCGCGAAACCUGCAUUUGGCUUUAUUUUGAAAUCAUAACAGCAUAAACAUGAUGUUCGAUCGGUUGCUUUAUCCGCAAAGUAUGUACGCAUUCCGUUAGAUAAGUUUGGAAAGCAUUCACACACACACACACUCCAUUGAUUAACACUAUGAUUUCAGUCAAAUAAUUAAUAAUAGACUGCAGCCCAAUACCCAGUGUAGCGCUGCUAACGGCACGCCCAACUCAAUUCAAAACAUUCACUCUCUAUUGACUCUUAGUAAUGGAAAACGAAAACCUAGUUAUUCGCAUAAUAAUAUUCAUACACUCGUAAAGAAAAACGGCUUGGCACAGUAUAUGAAACGCGCAAAGCCCGCUAGGAACGUGGAAGACGCUAGAGCCAAACGAUUAAGGCAGCGAAAAGUAGUAAGAAAAGCAUAUGCAAAAAAAAAACAAGGUCAACAUUCAAUAGAAAUCAAUACAAUAGCGAUGCAAUCAGGUUUUUUGGCUUGAAAGAUUUCAACACGGGACAGAAUGAUAAUGCAUAAAACAUACAUUUAUCAAUAAUAUAUUCAAGGCGGACUAUGAUGACCGGAUACGCUAAUAUGUGAUCGUGUGAAGCAACAACAAGAUCGUCUUCGUAAUGAACCAAAUAAUAAUAAAGAAGAACUAUGUUUACCAGAAUCAAAACGAAUGGAA